AUGCUGUGGUUCGGUCUUCUGGCUGUGCUAGUCUCCGCCACCGCUACCAAUCAGUGUGAUACCGCAUCAAAAGGUGGCGAGUGCUUCAAGCCAAGUGGACACUACGGACCGGCCUUCCUGCAGUUCAAGGGUCUAGUGAAGCAGACGACCGGCUGCCAAGGGGACGACAGGACCCUUUGCACCCUUGAAGUGUCGACAUGUGCGCCUUUCUCUGAAUGGCCUGAUGUGGACAAUGGUGUCACUUGUGGGGGCUGCAAAGCACUAGUGCGUGCGGCACCUUAUCAAGGCCGCUGCGACCGGUAUUGUGCCAGCUUCGGGCAUCGAUGCACCGCCGCUGCAGAAGAGAAGUCCGAGUCUUGCGAGGCUGAGGAGGAGAAGCGUUGCGAUGAGGAAAUCUCCGACACCUCGGACAUCCUUUGCACUUGCGAGCGCGAGGAUGGGGCUCCGAGCUCCACUCCCCCAACGCCUGCUCCUCCCGCGGAGUGCUGGGCGGAGCUUCCAGGCCUGGCUACGGAGGAAGGCGCAAGCAUCGGGGAGGUGCCCAGGGGCUCAUCAGUGUCGGCGUGCCGGCGCCGCUGCGAUGAGAAUCCCGAGUGCAAAAGCAUCUCCUUCUGCCCAGAAUGGGACUGCUGGUUGAAGGAUCGUAGCUUCACAGGUACAGAGCCAACUCGGGAGAAAGGGUCGUGCAAGACGCACUUCAAGACAUUCUGCGAUGCGACGACUACCACUGCUGCAAGCUCCAAUCAAAAUGGCUACUUCAAGUUGCGUGUCGUCUCUUACAACAUCUAUUGGUGGAAUGCCUUCGGUCAGAAUCCAUGGAAGGGAGAGAGGAUUCUCAACAACAUCAAGGACAACCUUGUUCCCGAUGCUAUUGGCUUGCAGGAGUGUGACUCUCGCUCUCGGGUCGAAGAUGCGACCGGGCUCCAGCGCGCCUCGAAGUUUGCCGGGGCGCAGGGUGUGAUGGUGGACCCUUCCCGACUUCGCGUAGUGCCAGGGACGUCUGGUUCCGAGGACCUGCAGGCAACAGGUAAGUGGGGACCUAGACACGUCACCUUCGUCCAGCUCGCCGAUACGACCACGGGAAGGACCUUCUGGAUUUUCAACACCCAUUGGUGCGUUGCCAACGGCAAUGGCCGAACUUGCAAUGAGGGCGUGCGCUACACUGGGGCUCGGAACAUGCUAAGGGUGAUUCAAUCGAAGGCCGGCAACUCCCCGGUAGUUGUGACUGGCGAUUUCAAUGCCGACAUGGACGAGGACGGCCCACAGCACUUCUUUAGGAAUGGCUUCAAGCUAGCAGUCACUGAGUGGGUAGAUGCCAUUUUCUAUACAGAGCAACACUGGAAGCUAGUUGCACAGGGUAAGGGUGAUGCGGCACAGAGUGACCAUCGCCCAAUCUUUGCAGAGCUCGAGCUCUUGUAA